ACCUACUCAACUAAUAAGUUAACUUACUAUUUAUAAUCCUCAAAGUGCUGCCACUUUCUAUGUUUCAAUGCUUAAAACUUGUUUAACACAGUCCAAAUAUGUUAAGAAACUUGCUUUCGUUUUUUGGGUUUCUAGUAUUUUUCAUCGCGAGAGGUCACUUGCUAGGAGUUAACGGAGAAACAAAGGACUAUUACAUUGUCUUCUUGAGUGAUCAAUCGGCUAACCAGGAAUCCAAGGCAAGCAUUCACAUUGACAUCCUAUCGGCAUUGAAAGGAUGUGAACUCGAAGCAAAAGAGUCACAUGUCCAUAGCUACACAAAAAGCUUUAACGCAUUUGCAGCAAAGCUCUCAGAAUCAGAAGCCAGAGAGUUAUCUGGUAUGGAUGAUGUGCAAUCUGUUAUCAAGAAUCAGUACCGCAAAUUACAUACGACAAGAUCCUGGGAUUUCAUAGGAUUGCCUCAAACCGCUAGAAGGAAGAAGCUUGAAAGUGACAUCAUCAUUGGUGUUAUGGACACAGGAAUAACUCCUCAAUCAGACAGCUUUAACGAUGACGGAUUUGGCCCUCCACCUGCAAAAUGGAAAGGAUCUUGUCAUCAUUAUGCCAACUUUUCUGGAUGCAAUAACAAGCUUAUAGGUGCCAAGUACUUCAAGUUAGAUAAGAAUCCCGAUCCUAAUGACAUUCUGUCACCGGUGGACACUGAUGGGCAUGGAACCCACACGUCAUCAACAGCAGCAGGAAGUGCAGUCCAUAAUGCGGAGCUAUUUGGUUUAGCCAAAGGCACAGCUCGUGGGGCUGUUCCAUCAGCUAGAGUUGCAAUGUACAAGGUCUGUUGGGCUAGCUCAGGUUGCUCCGACAUGGACUUGUUAGCAGGCUUUGAUGCCGCCAUUCAUGACGGAGUUGACAUUAUAUCAAUCUCAAUAGGAGGUCAAACAGGUAGCUACACCAAUGAUACAAUAUCUGUGGCGUCAUUUCAUGCCAUGAAUAAGGGUAUUCUCACUGUGGCUUCGGCUGGGAAUGAUGGUCCUCGUUUAGGCAGUGUCGCCAACCACGCACCAUGGCUUUUGACUGUGGCAGCUAGUGGCAUUGAUCGAGGGUUCCAGAGCACAGUAGUAUUGGGCAAUGGGAAGACUGUAACGGGAAUUGGAAUAAAUGGAUUCAAUCCAAAACAAAAGUUUUAUCCAAUCACAAGUGGAGAUGAAGUGGCCAUAAACAGUGAAAGCCAAGAAAUUGCAGGGUAUUGUCUCGCAGACACGUUGGACCCAGGUAAAGUGAAAGGAAAGCUUGUACAGUGCAAGCUAGGGGCUUGGGGUUCUGAUUCAGUUAUUAAAGGACUAGGUGGUGUUGGGACCAUCAUUGAAAGUGAAGUGUUUCUAGAUACCCCCCAGAUUUUCAUGGCACCUGCAACCAUGGUGAAUUCCACGGUUGGUGAGACUAUCCGCAAUUACAUACACACGACUAGAUCACCAUCUGCAGUGAUAUACAAGUCCGAAGAAGUUAAGGUUUCAGCACCUUUCAUUGCUACGUUUUCAUCAAGGGGUCCAAAUCCAGGAACAAAACAUGUACUAAAGCCAGAUAUUGCAGCACCAGGAGUCGACAUCUUGGCAUCAUACACCCCUCUACAUACGCUUACUGGACUUAAAGGUGAUACACAGUUCUCAAAAUUCACCAUCAUGUCUGGAACUUCUAUGGCUUGUCCACAUGUAGCUGGGACCGCUGCCUAUGUUAAAUCUUUCCAUCCAGAUUGGUCCCCUGCUGCAAUAAAAUCAGCUAUUAUGACUUCUGCAAAACCUAUGAGCUCAAACGUCAACCACGAAGCUGAGUUUGCAUAUGGUGUCGGUCAACUGAACCCUACACGAGCCAUAAGUCCAGGGUUAAUCUACGAUAUGGACAACAUGUCUUACGUACAGUUCCUAUGCCAUGAAGGCUAUGACGGAUCCUCCAUAGCCUCUUUAAUAGGUUCCAAAACAAAGAUCAUAUGUGCUUCAUUACUACCACCCCUAGUCAGUGAAGAUUCCAUCAACUACCCAACCAUGCAACUUACGUUAAGGACCAAAAAAGCGACCACUACAGGGACUUUCACGAGAACCGUGACUAAUGUGGGUCAUCCUAAAAUUACCUACAACGCUAUCGUUAGAGCGCCAAAAGGAGUGAACAUUACUGUGGAACCAAUGACACUCACUUUCUCUAACGCCUAUCAAACGAAAAGCUUCAAAGUUACAGUUACUGCAAAACCAAAUGCUCAAACAAAUAACUUGGUUUCGGGAUCAUUGAUAUGGAGAAGCUGUUGUUACAUCGUGAGGAGUCCGAUCGUUGUUUACAAUCCACAAGAAUAGAGUACUUGGGUAUGCAUACAGAUCGAAUGAAGUCCUAAAUUAAUUAACUUCUCAUUGUUUUAUACCCGUAUUUAUUUAUGGUCAUUUAAUAAAAAAUCCCAAGUUUACAUAAUAAAGAAGAAGUUAUUCUUCUAAACAUUUUAUCGAACACUUGAUGUUCAUAAACUAA